GUUGGUAGUUUCGGUCCAGAAAACUAAUUGGCGCCGUUCGCGACGCACCGUUGGCAACGAUGAUCAACUUUUGACGUUUGUCAAAUGACAAUGGUAAAUUGUGUGUGAACAGCUGAUCGUUUGUAUUUGUGGCCGUGCAAACGCAUCGAACGUGGGCAACACGAGAGAGAGACAGAGAGAGAGAGGUAGAAAGAGUGUGCAAAGAAAAUGACGAGUGGAAAAGAUGGCAACGGCAGCGUAGUGUUUCGGCAAUAAUACGAAAUAUAUUCAUCGUAUGGUGUGUAUGUGUAUGCGGUCGUCGUGCAAGAAGUGUUUGGUAAAAGAACGAACGUAAGAGACGAGGACGACGAAGACACGUCGUUGACGGUCAAAGAGAAAGAGAGUGAGAGAAGUGCGUGAACCGCACCCCCCGUGCCGUCGCUGAUUUCGAGUGGAGUGGAGUAAGCGAACGAAGGAUUUGCUCCGCCCGCGUACACAGCGCAAUUGUUUGGAAUCCAAUUGGAUGUGCCGAGGGAUAAAGGAGUAGUGAUAGAGGAUGCCUGGGACUAGUUUAGUGGUGCCGGUUGUGCUGUGGGGCAAGCAUGCACCAACACACUGCAUCUCGUGCAUUUACCUCUCCAGAGACCAGAGGACUCUUGCAACUGGAUGCUACGAUGGACAAAUCUGUUUGUGGCAAGUCAACCCGGACACGUUGGAGAUGAUCCCCAGGUGUCUGCUGGUGGGGCACACGGCGCCCAUCCUGUGCAUCUCGAAGGCGUCCAUCGUACAAGAUAAUAACUAUAUAGUGUCCAGCUCGGAGGCGGGAGAGAUGUGCACCUGGGACCUCGUCGACGGCAAGUGCAGGGAGUGCGUCAAGUUGCCGCAGGUUCAUACGAGUAUGCAGGCUUAUCACAUGAGCAACUGCGAAGACGUGAGGCUGUUUUGCAACGGGUAUUAUCCGGAAGUUCUAGUCAUGGACCCGUUCAGUUUGGAGAUAUUGUUUGCGCUCUCGUCGAAAGUUAAUCCGGAUUGGAUAAGCGCGUUGCACGUUUUGCGACCGGCGAAGCGCAAGGAUGACGUGGUGCUGGCUCUGACGACGACCGGAAUGGUCAAGGUGUGGACGCUGCUCGGGCACGAGAACAAGCACUCGGAACCGAUAUACGAGAACGAGAGCAAGCAGAUCCGAUGUCUGAAUGCUGUCAGCAUGCAGUGUUGCGCGUACAAUCAGCGGACCGUGCUGAUCGUGUGCACCAAAUACUGGCAGAUUUACGAUGCCGGAGAUUUCAGCGUUCUCUGCUCGUACAUAGCGCCGCGCGGUGAACGCUGGAUGUCCGGGGAUUUCCUUGCAGUGGAUCGUAUCAUCGUGUGGUCGGACGCGGGCAAGGGCUACCUCUACAAACUUCCCAACAAAAAACUUCUGGGCAAGAAUAUCAAUAGUUGCAUACCGGAUAAUAAGGACUUCCAUACUGCAACCGUCGAGACGGACAGCCCUUUUCUGUACUGCAUUCUAAGUCAGUCCGACCUGAAACCAUUAUCGUGUCCGCCGGCGAUGUGCUUCGUGACGACGCAGAAACAGAAUCAAUCGCAGAGGUAUCUAGUGCGAGGUGAUUCCGAGGGUUACGUCCUCCUGUGGCACAUACCGGAAGUUUCGAUGGAGAAGGUGCAGGAGAUUCAGACGCAGAAGAUGCCGCAACCUCUGCAGAUGACGGCCACCCUCACUACCAGCCUAACGCAGGCGUGGGCCGGCAUGAAUCCCAGUCCGGUCGGCGUCCUCGAUCAGAUUGAGAAGCACGAGCACGAAUGUACGUGUAGUACUGUGAAACUGACUGCCAGCAUUUAUCUGCCCUCGCAGUGCAGGUUGGUCGUCGGCAGGGAGGAUGGAACGAUAAUAAUCGUACCGGCGACGCAAACGGUGAUGCUUCAACUUUUGCACGGAAAUCAUCAGCAGUUUGAUGGAUGGCCGCAGCACCAGGUGCUUUCUGGUCACGUCGGACGUGUCAACUGUCUCCUGUAUCCGUACAGCGAGCAUUCGCGCUACGACAAGACGCAUCUGGUGUCGGGCGGAGUCGAUUUUGCCGUCUGCCUGUGGGACUUUAGCAAUGGAAACCUCUUGCACAGGUUCUGCGUGCACGCAGGAGAGAUCACCCAGCUGCUCGUCCCCCCGAACAUUUGCAACACUCGCGUUCAAAAGUGCAUCUGCUCUGUGGCCUCCGAUCAUUCGGUGACGCUGCUCAGUCUCAGCGAGAAGAAGUGCGUGUGUCUUGCAUCGAGACAUCUCUUCCCGGUGACGACGAUCAAGUGGCGACCCAAGGAUGACUUUAUGAUCAUCGGUUGCUCGGACGGCACAGUCUACGUCUGGCAAAUGGAGACGGGACAUCUGGACAGGGUACUGCAAGGCAUCGCAGCCGAAGAAGUUUUGUACGCCUGCGAGGAGAACGAGUCCACGAACAAUGUCUCUUCGGAGGUGGGAUUAGCCAAUCCCGCAGUUCACUUCUUCAGAGGUCUUCGGCAUAGAAAUCUGUCAGCGAUUAGACACGCGACGCAGCGCGGUCUCCAUCAGCUGCAGCAGCUCGGAGCGCACUCGAACAACGACGAUCCGCACAUGCAGCGCAGCCACAACUCCCCGUUGGCCGUGCAGGGCCUUCGCACCAAUCCCAAGGAUCCGGAGAGUCACAUCCUCUUCUUCGACAUCGAAGCACUCAUCAUCGAGCUGCUCAGCGAGGAGUAUUCGGCGAUGACGCCAGGUAGUCUGGAGGCUGCAGGUCUCAUUUCUCAAUCCGAGUAUCUGAAAGUGGCGGCGCUCACGCAGAGUGCCAGUCCUGACGCCCACAAGAAGAUUGUCGAUUUCUUUGGAAAAGUUAAGGACAAAGCGGAGAACAUGGAACGAAUGAUUAAGGAGAAGGACAAGCACGGUAUUUUAGCGAUGAUGAAAGAGGGAGCGGAGAACGUACACACAAAGUUCCAGGCCCGAUCCGAUCAAGUAUCGAAGCAGAACGAAGCGAACUCUCGAGAUGGAGGUGAUGCGAAUGCAAACGUUAGAGGUAGCGGCGGAGGUACGAGACCGAUGCUCGGACCAUUGGAUGCGAGCAGUCAUGGGAUGGAGAUAGCGCAACUUCUUCUCUCGUUGUUGCACGCGUGGGGUAUGGACAAUGAUUUAGAUAGAGUGUGUCAGGUGAAGUUGGGUCUGCUGCGGCCGAUGGUGCCGCUCUCGUUCGGCGUUCUCAGCCGUGGCAAUUACAUGUCCCUGUUCCUGCCCACCUGGCACAACACCAUCCCCGUCGAGCCGAACAGCAUUCGCAACACCACGACCACGAUCGAUGUCCACUCUCAAUCGUUGAUGGACAGCCUGCCCGAGGAGCUGGUACUCAGGGAGGAACAGACGCGCGUAUUUACGUCGCGCACUCACUGGGAGCUCAGCACCACCCUGACCAGCAAUCAUCUGCUGGCGAUAAUCGCGCUCAGCCACACGCUGAUGUCGAUGUCGAACGCGACGUUCGUGCCGGAACAGGAGAGAAACAGGAAGCUGCACAGACAGUCCACUCGCGUCAACUGGAGCAAAACGGACGAGGAGCACGAGGAGAUGUACACGCAGCAGCAGGCUCAGAUCAAGCAGGGUUGGUCGCUUCUCGCCACCCUCCACUGCGUCCUGCUGCCCGACAAGGUCGUCAGCAACGGGGCGAAGAACUUUAAGAGGCCGCAGGUCGAGAUGAUGGCCAAACGGUGGCAGCAUCAUUGCGUCGAGGUGCGGGAGGCGGCGCAGGCUCUGCUCCUCGCCGAACUCGGCCGGAUGGGAACGAAAGGACGCAAGGCAUUAGUCGACGCCUGGUCCCAAUACCUGCCGCUCUACACACAAUCGGAGACGAUCAAUCAGCAAGCGGUCACGACGCCCGGUCAGAACAAUCAUCUCUCAGUAAAUUCCGGGGGCGGUGGCAUGAUUGUUUCUGGAGGUGGUGCUGGUGGUGUAGGAGGAAUAGGUAGUGGCGGCGGCGGCGGCGGUGGUGGUCUGCAUCCGCCCGGAACGCCGGAAGCUGUGGAGGACGAAUACGAGGAGGAAGAGGAGGAGCAAGUGCGAAAACCGUCGAGCCUCGCCGAGCUGAAGCGGAAGCAGACGACGGCCGUCGUUUUGCUGGGCGUGAUCGGCGCCGAAUUCGGACAGGACAUAACGACCGAUACGAACAACAGCAAAAGACGCCAGAGCGGCGGCGACGAUCAACGAAGACGAGGUUCGUUCGUCGACGGCUUUGGCAUCGGCAACAACAAUUUGGCCCGCCUCACGUCGAUGGCUCUGUCCCAUCUGUUGCUUGCCCCGCCCUCGCCCAAAAUGCCAGCGCACACGCCCCUCCGGAGGGCGGCAAUCGAUUUGAUCGGACGCGGUUUCACCGUCUGGGAACCGUACCUGGACAUCAGCAAGGUGCUUCUGGGUCUGCUCGAGUUGUGCUCCGAGGCGGAUCGGCUCGUUCCAAGCAUGACGUAUGGAUUGCCGUUGACGCCGCAAGCGGAUUCGUGCCGCACCGCUCGACACGCCCUCACCCUGAUAGCGACUGCCAGGCCGGCCGCGUUUAUAACGACGAUGGCUCGCGAGGUCGCCCGAUACAAUGCGAUGCAGCAGAACGCGCAGGCCAUCAACGUGACGCUGAACAAUACUGUUCUGCUGAAAGCCAAGCCGGAGAUUCUGCGCGGCGUCGAACUGCUCAUCGAAAAGAUGCAGAACGAAAUGUCCGAGUUGCUCGUCGAGCUGAUGGACAUCAUCUUGCAUUGCCUCGACCAGGGCCACCUAAAGACGAAGGGUCUUCAGGAGGUUUUCCCCGUCGUCUGCAGAUUCAACCAGGUGUCGCAUUGCCAGUUGACGAGGAGAAUCGCCGUCGGUGCCAACAACGGCACGUUGACACUGUACGAGCUGAGGCAGGGCAAGUGCACGGUCAUAAGCGCGCACACCUCUGCAAUAACUGCGGCCGCCUUCAAUCCGGACGGCAAAUUUCUGGUUAGCUACUCGAGCGGCGAGAACAAGCUGUGCUUUUGGCAGACGAGUUCAGGAAUGCUGUUCGGUCUGGGACAAUCGCAGACGCGUUGCAUCAAAUCGUACAGCACGGCGCCGAUCGCCGACGUUUCCCGUUUCAAUCCCAUGCGUUUGGCCCGCCUCAUCUGGAUAAACAACAGGAUAGUCACGCUGAUGCUGGCCGACGGAUCCGAAACACGGUUCAACGUCUAACACCACCACCAACACUAUUAUACUAUUACCAUUAGUACUACUAUUGCAGCUAUUAUCUAUGUAAGAAAAAAGGAAGGGACAGACAGAAGGAAGCUUAAGUCAAAGGUAAAUCUAUUGGUUGUUGUUGUUGUCAGGAAGGAGAUGGAUGAUGAUGUUUCCUCGACAGGUAUGUCGUGUUGUAUCGUUCCAUCAUUGGAUGGAUGAAUGGAUUUUGAUCGUCUAAUCGAAUCAUCGCUAUUGAUUAUUAUGUAUAAUUGUUGUAUCGAUCAAAAUUGUGGUAAGAUGGAUGAGAGGACUAUACCGUUUUAUUUUUUUCUUUUCCGUCGUCGUUUCGGUUGACUAGUUAGUUUCAUUCAUGUUUUAUGUGUACAGUUAAAGAAAAAAAACAUGAUUUACAGGGUGGCGCACAUUAUUCACACAUUCCUUUCUAUAGUAUAUUUCGAACAAAACAAUUCGAACAGUUUGUUGUCGCUAACUUUAAUUCCGUUGAUUUGAUUUGAUUUUGCGAGUAAAGCCCAGACAUCAGUCAACGUAUAAAAGAAAAAGAAAAGGAAGGGAGGAGCAGCAGGCGGAGCUCUUAUAACCCAAUAGCGAUACAAUUGGUGCAACGCGCGCGCGCGCGUUGUGUGUAUAUUUUCUCUUUCUCCGUGUGAAUGUUUCACCUAGGAGAUAUUAUAGGACAU